UGCCUGCCUGCCUGCCCGCCCGCCUGCCUCGGGGCUCCAUGCAUCCGGACCCCGCCCCGCCCCCGACCAGCCGCAGCAGCAGCAGCAGCGGCAGCCGCCCCGACCUCCCCGCCGGCGGCAGCGGCCGCCACAGCGGGGACGGGGAGCCGGCCGGGCCGCCCCCGCCGCCGCCGCCCCCGCCGCCCGUCUCCUACCCGGAGUGGAUCGGGCAGAGCUACGCCGAGGUCAUGAGUCUCAACGAGCACUCCAUGCAGGCGCUGUCCUGGCGCAAGCUCUACCUCAGCCGGGCCAAGCUCAAAGCCUCCAGCCGGACCUCCGCGCUCCUCUCCGGCUUCGCCAUGGUGGCUAUGGUGGAGGUGCAGUUGGACGCGGAUCACGACUACCCCCCAGGACUGCUCAUCGCCUUCAGUGCCUGCACCACAGUACUGGUGGCUGUGCACCUGUUCGCCCUGAUGAUCAGCACCUGCAUCCUCCCCAACAUUGAAGCUGUCAGCAACGUGCACAACCUGAACUCGGUCAAGGAGUCGCCCCAUGAACGCAUGCACCGGCACAUCGAGCUGGCCUGGGCCUUCUCCACGGUGAUCGGCACCCUGCUCUUCCUGGCUGAGGUGGUGCUGCUCUGCUGGGUCAAGUUCCUGCCCCUGAAGAAGCAGCCUGGCCAGCCGCGGCCCACCACCUCCGUCAGCCACCACCAGCCCCAUGCAGCCUCCAACUCCACCAGCAUCACCCCGGGCCAGGCGGCCGCCAUCGCCUCCACCACCAUCAUGGUGCCCUUCGGCCUCGUCUUCAUCGUCUUCGCCGUCCACUUCUACCGCUCGCUGGUCAGCCACAAGACCGACCGGCAGUUCCAGGAGCUUAACGAGCUGGCCGAGUUCGCCCGGCUGCAGGAUCAACUGGACCACAGAGGCGAGCCCCUGCCACCCCGUGGCAGCCAUUUUGCAUAACCACCCCCAUACCCCAUCUCCUCCCCGCCAGUUGGUGUCAGGACUCCACGGGCCGUCAGUUCUCGGGUUUUUAAGAGAAGCUCCCGCCUUAACAUCCUUUUAACUCUUCUGCCCCCGCCCAGGCCCCACUGCCCUGACUCCUGCAUGAGGUGGUAAGACUCUUGGAGGGUGGGACCCAAGGGUGAUGGGACGGGCAAAGUGUUUUAAAAGAACUACAUUGCAAAAGUUUCUGGUGUGUCACAAAAUGAAAAAAACACUUCCCCUCCCCACCUCUAGGUUCCCCACUCUUGUGGCCAGGGGAGGUGCUGAGAUGCCGCAGAUCACCCCAAGGUGGGCUUUUGGCUUGCGUCUUGCUCCCUGUUCCCCUCCCCUUUCCUGCAGAGAGAGAGAGUGUACAUGCGUGUGUGUGUGUGUGUGUGUGUGUAUAAUAUCUACAAAUAUUCAGGGAUCUGGUUCACAGUUCUCCCUGGAUUCCCUCGCUUCCCCACCCCUCUUCCCAGGCCGCAUGGAAUUGACCUGCAAAUUGUCGCCAUCCCCUCUGCCUUUGUCUUCCCCCUCUUUGGGAUGCUGGGAUUGCCAGCAGGGAAAGCUCCCUCUUUCCUUAAAGGCCCCUGGGGGCAGUUCUCCCUUCCCUUAGAGGACAUAUGGUGGGGGUGGGGACACCAUGGCCCAGGUCACUGCCUACGGCCACCUGUCAUGUCCCCUGGCUGUUCCAUGCUGCCUGAUUCCCAAGGAGUGCUUUUAAAAACUGAAUUAGGAUAUGACCACUGAGUAUAUGUAUAUGUGCUUGGAAAUCUGUUGGAUUUCUCUAGUGUUUCUGUCAUUGGUUUUAAUAAAAGGCCUCACAUCUCAGAAUCACCACUGUUCUUCCAGAAUGCCAAGUAUUUUAUACUUUUGAUAUUAGGUAUAUACGUAUAUUCUAUAUUUUUGAAUAAACCCCAGGCUGCAACCAGU